CAGUAAUCAUACUCAGUUUCUCGGAUUCCAGGUUCGCCGUUUCAGCAUUGUCAGCUCGCCGUUCUCCACUUAUUAAAGUCUGGGUGUUUGUGUGGAUAGUUUAGAUCAAGUCAAGUUUAUCGACUAAUUGAUAUACCGUAUAUAAGAAGCACGGUGCUAUUGUAAUUGAGGGCAUGCCUUUUCUUCAAGCCGUUAUUAAGGAGGCUCUGCGAAUCCACCUGGCGUUCGGCGUGCCCAUUGAGUGGGUGGCGCCCGAAGACGGUGCCACUAUCGCCGGUGGAUUUUUCCCGGCGGGAGUAAGGAUGAUCCCUCCCCUUUUCACCUCGUUACAUCAUGUGGCUAACAGGAACGCACAGAAGAAGCUGUCAAUUCACUGCUGGGUGGAGAAUAGGAACGAUCUCAUCUUCGAAGACCUUGAUGAGUUCCGGCCGGAGAGGUGGCUCAUCGAAGACGAGAGUAAGCUCGCGCUCAUGAACCGCCAUUGAAUUCCGGUGAGUACCACAACAACCCACAGAACACGUAUCUGAUGCACUUGUCUUGGCUGACGGUCUCCACCCUCCAGUUUGGGCUCGGCAGUCGGACUUGCAUCGGGAGGCACAUCUCCAUGCU